CACUCCCGAACGACCGCGGGAAAAUUCCAAACACGUCAAAACAAGAAAGCCACCGAGAGGCCACACCAGGUUUUCAAGCCGCAGAAGUCGGGCGGUGGCUUCUUUGCCGCCGCGGCCCAGUCUGCUGAGGCAGCUCAGGGCAAGGACCACCCGUGGAGGCCGCCACUUCCCGCUGGGACAGAGAAGGCUCGCGAGAACGUGAGCCGAACCUCGAAUUCGGCGAGCCGCGCUCCCUCAAGGCGCCGGGUCUGAGACGGGAAGGCUGCUGUGAAGGGAUGUCACUGUUCUCUGCCUAGAGAUGGCUCAGGAUUCUGCAGACCUUGCUGCGGACUAUCAGUUUUGGCUGAAGAAACUUUCUGCUUGGGAACAGGCCUCCUCUAAGGAAACCCAGCAGGACACCUGUCUUCACCUGUCCCAGUUCCAGGAGUUCCUGAAGCAGAUAUAUGAAAUCUUGAAAGAGAUGGAUUCUAACGCAAUCUUGGAAAGGUUCCCCACAAUUGGUCAACUAUUGGCAAAAACUUGUUGGAAUCCUCUCAUCUUAGCAUAUGAUGAAAGCCAAAAAAUUCUAAUAUGGUGCUUAUGUUGUCUGAUGAACAAAGAGCCACAAACUUCUGGAGAAUCAGAACUUAACUCCUGGAUCCGGGGUUUGUUAUCUCAUGUACUUUCUGCAUUCAGAUUCGACAUGAAAGAAAUUGGUCUUUUUCCUGAAAGUCUCGGAUAUGAGUCUGUUGAUUACUAUCCUAGUUUGCUUAAAAAUAUGGUUUUGUCAUUAGUGUCUGAACUCAGAGAGAGUCAUCUUAAUGGAUUGAACACUCAGAGUCGGAUGCCUCCCGAGAGCAUGAUGUCCCUAUCACAAGUUUGUGUCCCUCUUGUUACUCUGCCUGAUUUUGAACCCCUGGUGGAGGCUCUACUCAUCUACCAUGGACAUGAACCUCAGGAAGUCCUCUCACCUGAGUUCUUCGAAGCUGUAAAUGAGGCCUUCUUGUCGAAAAAGAUCAUUCUGCCCACGUGCUCUGUGGUCAGCCUCUGGUUUCGGCAUCUCCCCAGUCUUGAAAAAUCAACGCUGCAUCUUUUUGAAAAGCUGUUCUCCAGCAAGAGAAAUUGCCUGAGAGAGAUGGAGUGCUGUAUAAAAGAGUCAUUGCUGCCUCAAGCAGCCUGCCACCCUGCCAUCUUCAGAAUCAUAGAUGAAAUGUUCAGGUUUGUGCUGCUGGAGACUAAUGGAGCCCCAGAAGUACUAUCUGCUCUUCAGGUAUUCAUGUCGUGCUUGGUAGAAGCUCUGGAAAAAGAAAACAAGCAGACAAAGUUUUCCCUCAAGACCUACUUUCCUUAUGGUGCUCCAUCUCUCACUGCAGUGCUGGCCCAGCGUCCUGAAGCUAUCCCACAGAGACAUAGGCUCCAGCCUCUGCUGCACAUUUCCCAACUCCUCAGAGAAGCAGUUGAAGACCAUACCCAUGGGUCCCAGCAAGGUCCCUUCGAGAGUUGGUUUCUGUUCAUUCACUUUGGAGGAUGGGUUGAUCUGGCAGUGGAGCAGUUGCUGAGGAAGGAAGCUGAGCCCCCUGCAGGCCUGCUGUGGCUCUUGGUGUUCUAUUACAGCCCUGAGGAUGGGAGUCAGCAGAGAUUGCAGAGCAUGGUGGAACUGAAGGUAUUGCUCAACCGUCUCCUGAUGCUGCUCAGAAGUGACCCCCUCUCAGCUGCCGAUCUGCAGAAAGCAGCUGAGAGCCCCACUGCAGACCCCAGACCACCUGUAUGUGGACAGCUGGCCAGGCGCCUUCUUCUUAGCCUCUUGCUCUGGACCCCAGAAGGCCAUGCAAUUGCCUGGGAAGCUGUCACCCAUAUGGCCCACGUGGAUGCUGUAACCCAUGAGAUUCUUGGCUUUCUUGACGAGACCUUGUACAGAUCGGAUCAUCUUUGUGUUGAAGCCUCAAGGAAACUGGCCAGAGAGCUCCUUCAGGAGCUUUGAUCUCAGCAAGAAUGCAUAUAAGCAGAGAAGGCCACUAGGCUGCAGUCCUCCUGUAGAUCUGCUAAGGAGCCUUGUCCCACAUGAGAUCAUCUUCAGUGCUCAGAACAUCCACCUGAAAGGACGUGUGACGGUUACAGCCACAGCCAUGUAAGCGCUGCGGCUUACAGUAGAGGGCUCUGGUCUUUCUCCAGUGUCUGUGAUUCCCAGGCAGAUACUGACCAGCAUGUGGUCGCUUAGCCCCUGUUUCUUACCUGCCUUGCCAAACUGCUCCCAGGAGGAUGGGGCUGGGCUUUUUAAAAACCUUUUCAUUCUAAAU